AUGGCUGAUGUCUUAGUCGCCGAAGAGGCCGCCGCAACAGCUACAUCUCGGCCACUGGAAUUUGUGAACGCGUGGCACAACUUUACCCUAUGGACGACUCAGCACCUGGGCAUUGCCAUGAACAUAUCCCGGCUAGCGCCUUCGCUCGAAGACCUUGUCUGGGCCGGACCUAGAAUGGUGAUGAAGCUGGGCAAGUUCGGCGGCUCGUUCAUCUCGUUUCCCGAUGCCAUCGACGUCUUCGGUCAGCGAGUCUCGUCCAGUCUAGCCGACCCCAACAUGUUCGCCAUGGAAUCAUCGUCGUCUGCUGUUCCCAUGGCUCAGAUCGAGUCCUUUGUCGAGUCAGUCAGCUUUUCGUCCCCCUCGUCUGUUGUCUCUGCCGCUGCUGCUGCCGCCACUGCGACCCAAGACCAAAGUUCUUCCAACUCGGGAUUUUCGCUGGAAAGUUCGAGGGGAAUUGGGACAUUUUUUAGUUACGCUACCAGCAAGUGGGCACUUUGUUGCGUUGCAAUGGCCGUCAUCAUCAAUCGCACUCACGUUUUCGCUGCAACACGUCGGAGACUUGUCCUUCGGUGGCCGCUCCGCUUGCUCUUGCGGAUCGGCCCAAUCGUGCUGCUGCUCAUUCAGGUUAGGAGCCUUCUUCAAUCGAUCCAGUGCCAGACCUCCCCCGAUUUUGCCCAGUUACGCUGGGGCAAUGCAAACAAAAGUUCCGAGCUUAUGUUUGCAUUCCCCAAUAGCGUCUUGAACCAGUUAAGCUCCGCACUGCUCCUGGGCGCCAGCGACCAAGAAUCUUGCCGCUCGGUCCGGAUGAUACCGUGGGACAGUCACCAGCAGCCAGAGCUUGUUGGCUCUCUUUCAAAGCUGUGGCCACUUUUCGCGACUUUUUGCUUCAGCCAGUUUGUUGAAGUUCUUUCCUGUGUCCUCCAAGGCCGCCCAGUGGCAGCUGAGACUGGCAUGACAUUGUUUGAGCACUCCCUGGCCUUUGCUGAAGCCGAAGCUGCCGUUGGUAAUCAGCUGGGAUGGAGUCUUUUCACCAACAAGUCAACCAUUUCUCAGGGGAGUUCACUAGGAGGGUCGGCAGUUGCCCUGACAAGAUCGAUGAUCAUGAAGCGGGUCAAUACUUCUCCCGAGGUGUUGUUCGUCGCCUUUAUCUCUGCGAUGAGUCAUAUAACGAGCCACAUACUCGGGCUUUUCAAUCUCCAAUCCAAGUUUCGGCUCAUCAGCACUGGCUUUUGGGGACUCUGCUUCAUGGCCGGCAUCUUCCUGAGUGCGCUUAAUUUCUCCCUCGAUGAUCCAUCAGCCCAAGGACUCUUAAGGUUCCCUACCGUUUGUAUCGUCGGCUUUAUCCCACACAUCUUGGUGUUGGCGGGCAUUUGGGCAUGUGCGGUUGUUUACGUCACUGCUCUUCUACUUUCUGCUCUUGCUAUGCCCUCAUCAGGAGAAGAUGGCCAUCGCUUGUCUCUCAGGCAGCGCCUAGUUCGCGCACAUGCUAACAUGCAAACAAACAUCUCACUCUCAGACAUUCGUAUCAGGACGGACAUGGAUUUCUAUUCUGCACUCCUGCGGGCUGGCUUCGGGGCCAUUACCAUGGCAAGUGAAGCUGUCUACCUCAACGAGGACCGUUGCGUGGAGUUGAAGCGAUGCACCUGGUUAGAGGAGGACCGCCUCCGCGAAAUGGAGGAGAUGCGCAUGCAAUGGAUAGCCGGUGGCGUUCCCGGCUCUCGCUUUGACGAAGUUGGGGCAAUCGGGCUGGUCCCGAUCAAAAAUGGACAGGCAAACGCCACGAGCGGAUAUGCAAGAGAGAGGGCUGCACAGCAAAUCCCAAAAAAUAAUGCUUCUGGCAGGAGGAUCAGGGAUGGUGUGGGUGCCUCGGAAAGAAGUUCACGGUGGCUCAUGGCCGUUGAGUACGUGCUGCAUGUCGGACGGCUGCUUAUUGUCACUUGGGCUCUCUGCACGGUGAAAAUCUUGACGGUCUUCGGUGUACGCACUCCUCCAAGGUGGCUGCAAGGCUUGUCACAGAGGCCCAAACCCGAGUCUCGCGAAAAGAGGAGGUCAGGACGGCGUGAGCGCGGGCUCAACGUCGAUGUUUUGUCACCUGGGGAAGGGAAGUCCUUCAUUACCAUUCCACGGACAGACCAGGUCGAUGUUGAGGCUGAAUUACGGCGCCACAUGGUUCCCAACUCUGCAGAUGCCACUAAUCAAAACAAUCCCCCGAUUGAUGAGGAAGAAGUGGAUUUCAAACUCUACAGCUACUUCCUAAGGGGAGGCUGGUGGGGAGCCAACGACUCCAGUGGUGAUUAUGUCCCACCAUCACCACAAGGCACUGAUAUCAAUGACCCCGACUUUGACACCACUAGUGUUGUCUCCACAACUGAGACUACCAUUGAUAGCGAGCUUGACUGGGAAUCAGAUCAUGGUGACAAUGACGCACUCGACGACGGCCAACGUACUCCCACCCAACGCGACCACGUCCCUCUUUCAUUUGCUGAGGCUCUGGUUUCUGCUCGUGCGUCGCGCGAAUCGACCCCCGUCGUCGACACUCCUAUCUCCCCUGCAGACCUUGCCCGGCUGUUGAACCCGCAGAGCCCAGAAGACCGCGAGGAAGCCCGCACUUUGGCCGCUCACCUUACCAGCGAUGGUAUCAUGACACGGUCGCGCUUCCGCCAGUAUCUGCAACGCCAACGCGCGCAGAUCCUGCUGACGGGCAACUACAGCUAUUUAUCUCAACCCAGUCAGAGCAACCGCAAACCGAUCAUUGUCGAGAAGAUGACCCCGGAAGAAGAAGCUUGUCGGCUCGAAGAACUCCUCCUUUCCCGUCGGCGCGCGGCAGCCGCCGCCAAGGCUUCUGCAUCCAAGGAGACAGCAGGUUCAUCCUGGGCCACCGGUGCAGAAGGUCUCGGCCCGGACGGGCCGCAGUGUGUGGUUUGCCAGAGUGCGCCACGCACAAUCAUUGUGUGGCCUUGCCGGUGUCUGAGCCUAUGUGAUGAUUGCCGUGUGUCAUUGGCGAUGAAUAAUUUUGACAAAUGCGUCUGCUGCCGGCGGGACGUGAUCAGUUUCAGCCGGAUUUAUGUGCCAUGA